UCUUCAGUUUUAGUUUGUCGCAGGUUCGGGAAUGCCGGAAAAAUUGAAAGUCUAAAACUAAAAUCUUAAAAGAGAUCAAAAUGAGUGCGGAAUUAGGCCAACCAGACGAUGUUGAGAGAUCGACAUCAAAGGCAAAAAGUUGUGAAAAUAGUGACCAAAAUGCUGGCCAUGAAUACGAGGAAGUGCUGCAAUUAAUUGGAUUCGGUCGAGUUCAGUGGAUUGUCCUUUUGGCUGCCGGACUACUUCUCAUGAUGGUCAUCAAUGAGACCAUGGGCAUGUCCUAUAUCACCAUCGUGUCCCAGUGCGAUUUCGCAAUGAAUUCAAUGGAUAAAGCCAUCAUGAGUGCUGCUAGUUUUAUAGGAAUAUUCUGUUCAUCUUAUUUUUGGGGCUACCUGAGUGAUACUGUUGGCCGAAGGCCGGUAUUAAUAUACACCACAAUUGCCGGAAAUGUAUUAUCAUUAUGCUCUACCGUUAUUCCCAAUUACUGGCUGUAUGUCUUUCUACGUUUUGGUGUGGGAUUUUUCAUUGCUGGAGCUUCUUCAACUACUUAUGCUUAUCUUGGCGAAUUUUUUACACCAAAACAUCGGCCCAUUGCCAUUAAUUAUGCCAGUUUAUUUGUGGGAAUUUCCACUGUUUAUGUGCCUGCCACUGCCUGGCUGAUAUUGUCCAUGAAUUGGAACGUGAACAUUACGGACGACUUCUCUUUUCGUCCUUGGCGUUUACUGACUAUUUGCUAUAUGCUUCCGGGCAUUAUUGGUACCAUAAUGCUUUGGACUCUUCCCGAGAGCCCCAAGAUCCUGAUGUCCUUGCACAAGACUGAAGAGGCCUUUGCAGCUGUCGACUGGAUUGCAGUUACAAAUUCCGGCAAACAUUUGCAUGAAUUCAAAGUGCAAAAAUUGAAAACAGAAUCAUCUGCUGAGGGGGAGAAUAUAUUACUCGUUUCAAAGUCUGCCCUUGCCACUAUUAAGAAAAUGUGGAAGGAAACUUUGCCGCUGCUGAAGAGACCGCAUCUGGUUAACUUUGUUAUUAGCUGCACGAUUAUGUGUGGUUUGUUUUUUAGCUCUUCGGGCAUGGGUCUUUGGUAUCCGGAAAUACAAAACCGAUUGGGUAUGAAUCAAGCCGAAGAUUCAAUGACCGUUUGUGAAGUUAUAGACGCAUCAAUAGAUCAAAUGGAAGCGAAUGCAUCUAAUAAGACCUGUGUUGAUACGAUAAACACCAAGAGCUACGUAGACACAAUUACCUACGGAUCGGCGCUAAUUGUUGGCUAUAUUCUGAUGGGUCUAGUUCUCAAAGCCAUCGGUCGCAAGGCCUCCAUUUCCAUUGGCCUGGCUUUGGCUGGCGCUUGUGCAGUCAUUUUGAUAUUCAUCAAGGACGAAGUGGCUAUUGUUGUCUGCUUUUGCCUGUACUUGGUCCUGCCAGGACUCUGCGUUUCAAUAGUGAGUGGUGCUGUCGUGGAUCUCGUUCCCACUCACCUGCGCGGAAAGGCGGUGUGCAUUUGCCUGAUGCUGGGAAGGACAGGAAGCGUUUUUGGCAGCAAUAUUAUAGGAGUCCUCUUAGACUCGUAUUGCUCAGUGACAUUUGGGGUAUUUUCUGGAUUCGUUUUGGUUUGCGCUGGCCUGACGUUGCUGUUACCAAUUUAAGAUUAUUUCUAAGUAGUUAAUUAAUUUAGUUUAAUUUACAUAUGUGCCUUUU